CUGUUGUGCUUGUUACACGAGUUUUCUCUCUCCAACCUCUGUGUGUCUCUGCCGAUCUCACACACACAAGAGACGACAAGCAGGAAGUAGAAAAAAAAGCAGACAGCAGCUGAUGAAAAUAAGGAAGUAAACGCUGUCGGAUUGGAGCUGAAGCCUCUCUUCUGCUUUAAAGUCAAAGUUGAUCAGUCGACAGCCCAAUAAUAGAAUUCAAGGCACAGCGGCUUUGCUAAGGAAGCUAGCCGUCAAGCUAAUACCUCCACUGACUCUGCAUUACCUCAAAACAAGCCCCAGACAGAAAGAAAGCAGAGGGGGAGAGGAAGACACAGACGAAAUUAUUAUCAGCCACCAUGGACCACAAAGGGGAAUCACAGGAAGGAGCCAUAGGGGUGAAACAGGAGGAGCUGCCACAGAUGGACGGGUCAUGUGAUGCGUGCGAGCCUGAUGAGGCCCAACCAGCCACACAAGUGUGCCAUGCCUGCAGCUUUGCCUUCUGCCCUGUCCACGCUGAAAGACACGCCAGCAGGACACAUCAUCCACUAAUGCCUUAUAACCAUGAGGGAACACAGGCUAAUGGACCUGGCACCAACAGAGACUCUAGAGUUGGAAGUGAAGCUGAGGAUGAGGCUGAUGCGGAGAGGGCAGCUGGAAUGGGCGCAAAUCAGGAGAUGGCACCGCUUGGAGUGGCAGUGGCUAAUGGGGAUGAGAAUGGUGAUGCUAAGGAAAGAGAGGGAGCCCAGAAUGGUCUGCAGCUGGCAGCUGAGCUGGGUAACGGAGCUGGGGGUGCAGAGGCAGGGCAGGAGGCCAUGGCUGCUGGAGAGGCUGGGAAGAGGGACACUGUAACAGUAGAGAGACUGCGCUGCAAGGAGCAUGAGCAGGAAGGCUCCCUCUACUGUAAACCAGAUGAGAAGAUAAUCUGCGUGGUGUGUGCUGUGCAGGGUGAGCACAAGGAUCAUGAGAUCAUUACUCUGCAUGAGGCCUAUGUGUGGCAGAAGAGCAGGCAGGGCUACGACCUGCUGGGCUGUACACAACAGAUGGCUGAGAAGAUCAAGACCAAGUGGACCAACCCUGAGAUGUCCACAGAGGAGCUAGAGGCCUAUGUGAACAGCCAGUUCGACGAGCUCCGCAAACUGGUGCGUCUGGAGGAGAAGAGGACCCUUCACCUGGUAGACCUCAAAGAGGCGUUCUUGACGGCGUCUGCUGCAGAGAAGAUCGCAGAGAUCACUGUCCAAACAGAGCGGCUGCAGGAGGAGAUGGCUAACAUCACACACCAGCUAUGCCUGCUGGAACAAGCCGAGGCACAGGCAAUAGGUCCUGCGGCGGUAGCAGAGGUCCUCGUAGCAGGGCCUGCACCAGCCCACAGAAUGAUGCACGACAUUGAGGCCAGGCCAAGGCUUCCAGAGCCGAGGGCAGACCCCAUCGACCCACGGGACUUUGAUGACAAUGAUUCUGGACCAUCCAUGGACCACGCCCCCUGAUUUCAGCGACACCAGACUCUUCCUACAUCCAACUGUCCUUCAAUGUCUGCUUCAGCCAGCCAUCAGCCCCUUUGAGCUGUCAGGCUGGCCCUCGCUCUGUCAGCCUUCCCCCUUUUACCACCCCCUCCCCUCCCGGCGCCUGCUGGCAGAGAACUGACCUUGAAGAAGGCUGCGGUGACAAAUAUGGAUGGCCAUGUCUUUUCUGCUCUCAAACUUUUUUAAUUCCUCACUCGCUACUAACUUUCUUUAAUUGAAGCACACAAGUUAUGUGCAAUCAAUUACCAUCAGGCUCAAUUUCCACAGCCAGUCAGAUCCUUGGCUUACUGGUGAGCCUGGCUGACUCAGAGAGGAAGCCCGGGUAGGCAGCAGAGCGGAGCAUCUGUUAAGCCCAACAGAUGUCAGGAAUGGGAAAUUCGGUGACAUGGUGCGCUUCACUCUUCAUUUAUUCGCAAUAUCAUUUCGGUUCUGUUGUUUUGACAAACACUGUGGCCGCUCGCAGACAUAGAAAGGGAACAUUUGUCAGAUGCCACAAUGCCUUACAUCGUUGAGAGAAUAUAUUAUAAGAGCUGUUCUGGGUAUGAUAUUUUUAUUGUUUUAAAAAAAAAAAAAAAAAUACAGGAAAUCUGUGUCUCUAGCUUCUGAUCUUUAAUGUCGUCUCUGAUGCUUUCCAUCAUCCCGUUGCGUUCACCCCUCCUUCCUCUACAUCCCCUGCCUUACCCGCUGAUUCUUUAUGCUUGUAGAUUUGGCACACUUCCUUUUGUGCUUGUCAGAUCUAUUAUCAGAAGCGGGGGACAUUUUGACACCUAUUGAUUGGUGAAUGUUGCUGAGUCUUUGUUAGGUGAAAAUCGAACUGUAAUUUGACUGUGCAAAAUAGCACUCCGCAGUAUCAGCUCUCUGUGUACUGUAAUGUAAAGGCUCAUUACUCCUGGCCAAUCUGCAGCAUAUGACGGAUUACCGUCCGGACAAGCAUAUGCACUUUCUACCUUGACCCGCUCAGCCAUAGCUUGCAUUCAUGAUGUACCACCGCAAGUCUGUCUGUAUCAGCAAUUUGUUUUAAUAUGAUUGAUUCUGUUGCCUUAAAUUUAAAAUUGAAAGCUGUGUCACCCAUUAUACGUGGGACAUGUUUGACAACAACAUGACUUCACCACACUAAGAUGCACUGAGAGUUGUAUACUUACCCAAGGGAAAUGUUGUUUUGUCAACAGCCUAUUGAAAUAACUCCAACAGCUCAUUCGUUAUUCCAGUGUAACAACAGACAGACAGCAGUCUGUCUGUCUGAUGUUUCCUUUUGUUUUUAUUUGUCUAUUUUUUUCUUAAAUCUAUAAAUAAACAACCUGUUUUUUA